CUAGGUGUUAUUAUUCAAUAUUAUUAAAGAUAAAUUGAAAAUCAAAUCGAAAUGGAGCAAUGUUUGACCAAUGAUAUAUAUAUGUAUAAUAUAUUAUUUGGGAAAGUAUCUAGAAGAGAAAGUUUUGAAAGGACAUCCAGAGUCAGAAUUUUAUAAAUUCGUGUUCCUGGGAUCAAUCGCUCUUCCGUUUCAACUAAUUCUCCACAUGGCCAACUGGAUGAAACAGUUUGCUGGCUAUUCGGAGUUAUCUAUCUUGUGUGUCAUUUGUGUAACGGCAUGGUAGACAUACCAGAAAGAAAGUUACUGCUGCGCCGUUACAGAUCUAUGACAGGAAAGAUACUUUUCAGAAUCUUGAUGAAUUCUUCGUUGUCUGUUAAUAAAACAAAGUCAAUUGUUGGAGGAGAUGGUUGUCUAGAGAGAUACGGAAGAGAGCUGAGAAAAAAUGUUUUUCACUUUCGAGGGAAUUGCGAGCAGCUUUUUCAUAGAUAAAGUUCAGGACCCUAUACCAACAUAAUUUAUUCUCAGUCAUUUUCGAUCGUGCUCCUUCUGCACAUUUCCUUAAAAUUAAUAAUGGGGAAUAUAUCUACUGGAAUAAAUUACAAAUUGCAUCCUGAUGAGGUACCUGCCUUCAACCAGGCUUCAAAAUUUGAUCCUAACUUUGGGUUUCCAAACGGAAGAAAAGAAAAAGUGAUGAAAGCAACAGAGGAUGAAAUGUAUUCUGCCAAAAUUCCUUUGGAUAAAAGAGAUUAUUGUGCCCAUUUACUUUUAGAUUUUUUAGCAUGUCGAAGUAAAAACUAUCCUUUAGUGGUGAAAUGUCACCAUGAAAAACAUCAUUAUUUAGAGUGUGAAUAUAAGGAAAACGUUGAUAGAGCAAAAGAUUAUGAAAGGGAAAAGCGUCUUAUGGAGAGAGAAAAGAGGAUAAAAUCUAGAGCUGAAGGAUAAGAUAGUUCUUGGUAAAUAUUUGUUUGUUUGUUAAAACUUGUUCUGCCGAAUAUUUUAUUCUAUCUUGUGAAUUUGGCUCGUCAUUAUAGUCAGUUGGGUGGUGGUAAAGUUACGUAACGGUGGUGUUAUAAUUUUAUUAUCUUUUUGUAGAAAGUAUAUACUCAUAUUAUAAUACAUAUAAUUACCAUGAAUAAUAUACCCCAACCGGAGUUACUUAAGGACUAGGGGGUUACUAUGUACGAGGGUUUAUUUUGAAUAUGAAAUUACCAAGCUGGCUAAAACAUUUUUAUAUUGAGAUAACUUCUGUUUAGUCUUG